GCAUCCUUACCACGCACCAUGGAAGCCGAUCCUCUGUUCCACGUCAAGCAGCUCUUCUACCAAGCCGCCUACAAGGCGUGCAUCGCUGAGGCCUCGUCCCAGUCCCUCACUCCAUCUGAAUCCAGCUCUGAACCCCUCCUCCGAUCCCUUUAUAUCGCCAGAUCCCAUCUUGCCCUCUCACCUCCUGCUACAUCCUCUGCUCUCUCCACCCUCAAGCCAUUUGACGCGCCAUCUGCCAAAGCCGUCUCCGCCCUGGCAGAAUACCUCGCGAAAUCCGACAGCUCUCACGUUGAUGCCGUCCGUGACUUGGUCAUCGAGUGUGAGGGCGGCGAGGAGAGUCAAGACGAGGGUGUAGUCCGGGUCAUCGCAGGUACCAUUUUUAUCCUCGAAGGGGAGAAUGAAGAGGCAGUGGCAACAUUGACCGAGGGCGCAGGAAAGACUGAUCUCGAAUGCAACGCGCUCCUUGUACAACUCUUGCUCUCACUCAAUCGACGUGAUCUCGCUCUGUCCACAUACAAUGCUGCGAAGAGAAUUGGCAACGACUCGCUCCUCGUACAAGCGAUGGAAGCGUGGAUAGGCCUAAAAGCAGGUGCCCGACCGCUUCACCAAUCUUACUACUUCUACGAGGAGCUGUAUCAGCUCCCUAACGGGCGAACUCCAGCCGUCGUGGCCUCUCAUGCGGCGUCUCAUCUGCUUCUUGGGCACCUCGAGGAAGCCAAGGCGGACAUCCAAAAUCUCGAGGACGCAUCUCCCGAGGUCCUCGCCGUGGCAAAGACACUGGGCUUGGCUGCAACGCUCACAAACCACCCCUUCGCCCUCGAUCUUGAAUCCAAAUCGGCCGCCUUUGACUCUGCCGCGGCCAAUUUCAUACCCGCCUAGAAUGCAUGUCAUAACCUUGCCC